AAGAAAGGAUUGUUGAUAAAGGACAUCAAAUACAUGAUGUACGGGUUCGGGGACGUGGAGGAACCGCUGGACGAAUCCGUGGACCUCGUGGAGGACAUGCUCCUCGAGUACCUCGAGAACUUCGCGAAUAGGGCGAUGGAGUGCGCGGAGCGACGCGGGAGCCUCAAGACGGAGGAUCUGUUGUACAUCAUUCGCCACGACGAAAAGAAAACGGCGCGCGUGAACGAGCUCCUGAGGAUCAACGAGGAGAUCAAGGAGGCGAGGAAGAACUUCGAGCUGGACGAGGCCGCGAACGUCGCGCCUCCGGAGAAAGUUAAAGACGCGGACAACGAAGACGACGAGCAGUAG